CCAUACGACACAAGAGUAGAGUCACCCUAAUCCGCACAGCUUGUGCAGUUAAAAACUGGCUUUAUUAGAGUAAACCCUUGGGUACUCUGGGGCCAAAAACAACAACAACGACCAUUUAGAAAUGGGGUGACUGUGCACCGUUUUUUUUUCGCGAUUUUCCCCCCGAAUGAAAAUAUUUUUCGUAAUAAUAAUUACACCGCGAACUUGACGGGAAACUAAGAGACGUACCAUUAGAAAAAUCCUAAGACAUGCAGCGACGAAGUAACCGCCAGCUUCUGAUAACGGGAAUGACAGUUCCUUAUCGGCGAAGUGCUGUCAAUUUUAUCGAAUUGUUUUAGUAGUAAACCUCUAAAAGGUCCAAAAUGACGGAAGUUCGAGACAUACGUAACGAGCCUCCGCUCCUUCAAGCAAUAUUCCGAGGUGACCAUGAGGAGUUUCAUAAGUUGGCGAUGGCAAACGAGGACCUGUAUUGGCAGGAUGAGCAGAAGCGCACGUUGCUCCAUGCCGCGGUGUACAAAGGCGAUAUGGAUUUGAUAAACUGGUUGGUGUUUCGUGGAGCUAAUGGAAAUACCCCCGAUCAAAAUUGGUUGACGCCGUUGCAUCAAGCUUGUUUCUCUGCCAAUCCCAAGGCUGUAAAUCUAUUACUAAAGAACAUGACAAAGAAAGAAAUUCGGGAUCAUAAGUGGCAAACAUCUUUACAUGUUGCUGCCGCUAACAAUGCAGUCGAAUGUGCCAGGCUCUUGAUUCCUUGGAUGAAGGACAUUGAUGUUCUCGACAGAUUUAGAAGAACGAGCUUGCAUCAUGCCGCUUACAAUGGUCAUUUAGAAACGGUAGAGCUAUUACUUUCGCGUAACCAAAAUGUUACAAAAGGUGACAUGCAGGACCGAAGCGCCUUACACUACGCUGCAUACAUGGGCCAUGAACUUAUUACAAAGAUACUGAUCGACAAGGGAGCUAUAAUCGAUGCAGAGGACCAACAAAAGUAUACUCCACUACUUGCAGCGGUAGCUUCUGGUAAAAUUGCGUGCAUGAGGGUACUCAUUGCAGCUGGUGCUAAUCUCGAAGCAAAGAAUGCAUGUGGAAAUACUGCAUUGCACGUGGCUUGUCUUAAUGGACACGCAGAUGUGGUACAAGAACUAAUCAACAUGGGCUGCGAUAUUGAGAAAACUAACUAUCGAGGAGAGACUCCGUUACAUAUAGCUGCCGCCAGCGUGCAAGGCGUCAUUUGUUUAGACACGCUUUUACGAGCUGGGGCAAGAAUCAACAUUCAAUCUGUAGACGGUCGAACGCCUUUACACAUGACUGCGAUCCAGGGAAGAUUUACCAGAUCAAAAAGCCUCCUAGACGCAGGCGCUUUGCCGGACACAAAGGAUAAAAACUUAAAUACUGCCUUACACAUCGCUGCAUGGUUUGGUUACGAGUGCUUGACGACGACUCUUCUGGAGUACAAAGCAUCCCCAGGAGUGCGAAACACAGAUCAGCGUACUCCGUUGCACCUGAGUUGCUUAGCAGGACAUAUCGAGGUGUGUAGGAAGUUGUUACAAGCUGACAGCCGUUGCAUAGACUCGAGAGACAUCUGUGGAAGGACUCCGUUACAUCUAGCUGCAUUUAAGGGCUCUGUAGACUGUCUGGAUCUUUUACUUUCCAAUGGGGCGAAUUUUCGACUAACCGACAACGAAAAUCGCUUGGCCUUACACUACGCUGCUCAUAGGUGUCACUACCUCUGCGUCUUUACUCUAGUUGGUUUCGGUAGCGACGUUAAUGCACAAGAUACCGACGGCGCUACCCCGUUAUAUCUCGCCGCAUCGAAUCCUAACGAGUCGAGCGUCCAGUGCGUGCAAUAUCUGCUCAAACAUAAGGCAGACCCUAGGUUACCAGAUAAGCAUGGUUUCACCGCGAUCCACUAUGCAGUUUCCGGUGGGAACCAACCUGCGUUGGAAGCUCUUUUAGAGGUCUCCUCGCAGGACAAUCCUGCCAUUCCGUCGAGUUACUCGAUGAGCCGCCAGGGUCCGCCAGCCCCGGCACUCACGCCUCUUCACCUUGCUGCUUACAAGGGAUUCGGUAAUAUUUUGACAUUACUCCUUCCUCUAUUUCCUGAGACUAACAUCAAGGAGGACACUGGGAAGACUCCUCUAGACCUCGCUGCAUACAAUGGUCACGAACAGUGCAUCGAACUUCUGCUGAACUACGGUGCAUUGGUAUCCGUUCAAGAUUUCGUCACUAGACGCACUCCGAUCCACUGCGCAGCCGCAGCUGGUCACACCGAAUGCCUCCUUUUGCUCCUGAAGAACACCAAAGACUCUACGAUCGUCGAUUGGUGUGACAUCAAGCAGAGGACUGCUCUGAUGCUCGCAGUGGCUAACAGGAAAUACGACUGUGCGCUCAUUCUUCUUAACUACAAGGCGAAUUGUAAUUUGGCAGAUAUUAACAAGCACACGCCGUUAUUUCGAGCGGUAAUCCGCGAGGUAGAUUAUCGGUUGGUGAAGCUUUUGUUGACGUUCGGUGCCACAGUUUCGGCCCAGGAUACUAAUGGGAAGACACCGCUGCAUCUUGCAGCAGCCUGCGAGAGCUUAAAGUCACUGAUUCAUCUCGUCAAAGCUGAUCCGAAGGCUGCUACCUUGAAAGAUAGUCAGGGCUGUACCGUUCUCCAUUGGGCUUGCUAUGACGGGAAAGCGAAGUGCGUCAGCUAUCUCCUAGAACAGAACGUCAUCGACAGUUUGGAAGGAAAUUCCUUCUCUGCGGUUCACUCGGCGGUGUUUCAAGACUCAUCCGCCUGCCUGGUUCUGCUGAUUAAGAAAUUCGGAGGCCCGAAAGUGGCAUCUCUGAGAGACUCUCCAGGUGGUAGACUUCCUUUACACGUUGCCGCCAGUGCAGGGUCCCACGAAUGCGCACGGAAAAUAUUAAAAGCCGUGGGGUCGGAGCUUGCUGGUCUUGAGACUCCUGAUUGUACGGGACGCACGCCUUUGCUGAGCGCUGCUGUCAAUGGACAGAAUCAAGUCAUUGAGGUUUUACUGCCGUGGAUGCCAAACGUUUGCGCAGUAGACUCCAGCAGGAACACCGCUCUACAUUUGGCGUGCCAAAAGCGUCAUUCCUCGACAGCAAUUCUUUUACUGGACCACAUAGAUUCACUGGGUACAAAGAACGAGCUUCAACGAUCCAUCGUCGUCAACAUGACGAACAAACAACAACGGACACCUUUACAUCUUGCCGCAAGGAACGGCCUAGUAGCUGUGACCCAGCGUCUCUUGGAAUUAGGUGCCAGUGUCGAAGUAGUCGACUCCGAUGGGUUGACUCCAGCCCUGGCUUGUGCCCCGAACCCUGCCGUAGCAAGAUGUCUGGCAACAAUUCUGGCUGCACAUGGUCAAAAUUGUGACUCUACGCAGAACUCGCCGUCCAUCCAACAGACAUCGGAGGUCUAUCUCAACGGCAGGUCUGGAGACUCUGAGUACUAUUCGGAUUCAGAAUUCUACUGAUACAAGGUCUGUUGUAUCUGCCUAAUCUACUAGGCUACUACGAUCCAAUCUUCCACUCCACUCGUCACUGGGAAAUCAACUCCGAAGCAAUACAGAGAAACUACCACUGUCUGCUCCGUCACAUGGAUAAUCAUUUCGAAGAGAUAAGGAACGUCCAUAAGCCUAGGUUUUCCUUUAACCCUUUUGUUACAAGCGCCGACUUUAGUCGGUAAGAAAUUCUGCCAUAUUUACAGAGUAUCUUUUGAUUGUACCGAUCCGUAUUGGAUUAAUCAUCCUGAAAGUACACUUUAAACAUACGUAACACAGUUUGGCCAUCGAGACCAGACGAGAAGGCCACCUAUGGGGAUAACUUUCAAUUUCUUAAAAGUUUAAGGUUAAACUUUGAUUUGGAUACUUAAUAAUGGAAUGGUACGGCAAAACCGUUGUUAUUUAACGCUUAGAAAAGUGUACGUAGAAAAGGCAGUCAAGGAGACAUUGUUCAGGUGGAAGACGUAAGUUCGAACACCGAAGACUGCUGAAGCGCCAUGCGCACUCUGUCGGCGCGGAGUCGCGUUAAGUGGUGGCAAAUAAUUCAGAAGUCCCAUAGAAGCCCAGAUCCUACGUUAGCGCUUGAUGCUCUAAAAGUUGGCUAACAAACCAGAAAUAGGGGUAAAAGAGAGGUCGCAUAUUAGCCUACGAUGUCUCACAUACGGGAGAAAGAGAGACGCAUGUAGAAAGGCGAGUAUUGGGUGAAGAUAAUGAAAGAAUGCAAUUCGCUACGUAGGGUUAUAAGAUUAAGAGAGAUGGAGAGGUGAUUUCAGCGCCGCCAUCUGUUGGCUAACGUACUAUUUGUCCAUCAUCGAACGUCCGUAUCCUUCUGGGCUUCUCUGGAGACUUCUGAAUUAUUUGCUGGCGGUUUUCUGUCGUAAUGAAAAGGUUAACCGAGAAAUUAGAGCCUGAACUACGCAUUUAGAAGAUGGACUCUCCGGAUAAGAAUUUGUACAGAUGUGAUAGUUAAUAUCGAUUUCAGUCCCUAGUCCAAGAAGCUCUAUUACGAGUGGUAAAAGGAAUUAAUUAAUUCAAGGAUAGAAACUUCGGGGGGAUGCGGAUUAUUUUUUUAUCCUCCAAUGUGAGAUAUUUAUAUGGCUUCAGGCUUGACGAACUUAUUGACAUGUUUUUCUUAAUCUUUCUCGAGCAUCAGUUGUGUUGCAUUCGGAAAUGGGAAUUCAAUCAGUAGUGAUUACUUUUAUAGAUAAACUCGUUAAUGUCUGUGGACGGUACAAAUUAUAAUUUCGACUCGGUGUGAUCUCAGUUUAUGUAUAAACGUGUAAAUUUACCGGCGUUUAGUGCGGGAAUUAAUGGAACUACGAAGGUCGAUCGGUUUGUCGAUUUUUCAGAGCUCGGGCAGUAAGCUACAAGUAUUGACAAUAUGCAUAAUAAUCACACGCUCGAUAUUUUCAUAGAAUUACUCGAAUAGGUGACGUCCAAUGCCAACUGGAAUUUUUCAUACACCGUGGUGUAGGUUUUAGUACGUAACAAUGACCAAACAAAAGGAAAAGGAACUUAGUUACUCGUUCUACCUUUUGGUAUUUACAAACUAUAUUGUUCCAAGGCUAAUGUUGACUUCGUCUUUACGUUACAAUUGUCCUUCAAAGCAUUGUUCUCUUUAUGUCUUACUGGAGUUAUCUCAAAAAAUGUAACGACUAUUAAGGUUAUACGAAAGGGUCAUUCCGUAUAUAUGAAACGUCAAAAUAUUUAUAAAACUUUUCACCAAACUGGGUGUGCCGAGUCAUUUGAAAUUUUAACACGUGAUUAUUAAUCAGUUAACCGUGUCGACCUAUUUUAAAUGUGUGUUUUCAUGACGAGUAUAUUUAUCAAACACGGUUAACAGGUUAAGGCCCUAAAGGAAGAACGCUAUUCUCAUGAAAUUUCAUUUUUCAGAAAAUAAAGAAAUGUCAUCUUGGUUGUAGACUUGGCUAAAUAAAAGAACAAUUUUUUUCCCAAAAAUGAAAUUUCACGAACAUCACGUUCUUCCUUAGGGCCUCCAUAAUCACGU